AUGUUCGACAGAAAGCCAGUGGUGGUCAAACCUUGGAAUCCAGACAUGGAUUUGAAAAAGGAGUCAGUGGACUUAAUCCCAAUGUGGAUCAGAUUUAUUGGACUGGAUAUAAAGUAUUGGGGACAAACAGCUCUCACAAAAUUGGCUGGACUUGUAGGAAAACCAAUGAAGGCAGACCGAGCUACAACACAAAAGGAGAGGUUGACAUAUGCAAGAGUUCUAGUGGAGGUUAAGCCUCAUCAAAAAUAUCCAGAAACAAUAAUGUUUGAAGAUGAGAAGGGCAGGAUAGUGGAGCAGGAGGUUUUCUAUGAAUGGAAACCUACACUAUGUGGAAAAUGCAAGAAUUUUGGACAUGAACUGAAGGAAUGCAGAAGGUUUAUAAAAGAGGAGAAAGAAAAACUUACAAACAAGCAGGAACUAAAAGAACCAAGUACAAUCCAGGAGCAGACACAAAUGGAAAAGGAAGCUACAAAUAUGAAGAACAAAGGGGAUCAGAAGCAAAUACAUCAAGAGAAGGGGCCAACAAGCAAUGACAAUAAGGGUACUAUGGUAGUAACCAAUACAACUGCAGGGGCUGUAACCAGUGCAAAUGCAGGGGCUACAACAUCCAGAGUUUGGAGGAAUGUAGUAAGAGGAAAAUCAGGGGAAGGAAUACAACAGGAAAUAAUUAAAACUGGGAGCUCUUUUGCAACAUUAGUGGACCAGCAGCAGGAGAAAACAGAAAAGGAAUAUGAAGAGGUGGUGGAGAACAGGACAAGAAAAGGGAAAGGGAGGGAAAUGGCCCUAGGAAAUGGGCAGGAUGGGGGCAACCCCUCAUCCAAUGGAUAA